GUUGUCCCCGAGACCUGUAUUACGUCAUAUGUGUUAUGGCUGCACUUGGAAGAGCGACGGUCCGAGCCGUUCAAGGCAAGAAGAGGUUAAUUCCUCAAAGGGCUGCUUUAGUUUUGACUCAAGCAGCUGUUGAGAAAAUCAAAACACUACUAUUGAAUAAGUCAGAUGUGGAAGGACUGAGGGUUGGAGUUAAAACAAGGGGAUGCAAUGGGCUGAGCUACACAUUAGACUACGCCAAGGAAAAGCAGAAGUUUGAUGAAGAAGUCAUUCAAGAUGGGGUGAAGGUCUUCAUUGACUCGAAGGCACAGCUGACAUUGCUUGGAACGGAAAUGGACUUUGUAAAUACCGAACUAUCCAGUGAAUUUGUCUUUAACAACCCCAAUAUAAAAGGAACAUGUGGAUGUGGAGAAAGUUUCAAUGUAUAGUAAAUUAUUACUCACUCAUAUCACCAUGAGCUUCAGGAAUUACAAUAAAAUGGGAAUACUCAAAGUUGAUUUCAUCUCAAAGCAUUUAAAGGAAUUUAUUCUCUGAAUGUUCAUAGGAACAGCCUGGGCCACUGUCUUAGUGAUUUACUUUCUUCAAUUUGAGUAACAUACAAGUUAAGUAAUCAAUAUUAAACAUUUUGAGUGAAAGAAGGGUUCGUAUUUUAUUUUUCCCUUUGAUUUGAAAGAUAAGUCAAUGUUGCCAAACUCACAUAAUUCAAUUGCUUCACAAUUCAUACAUCACAAUUGUAAUUGCGAGAGGCCUACCUUUCUGUGUGGGUUGACAACUUUUACCUUGUUAGCAUACACUGCAAGUAAAUAUGGAGAAAUUGAAUAAAUUUUCAUUUGAAUAAGGAAUCCCACUUUCAGUGAAAAGAAAGGAUUUAUAGAAUAUAAGUGAUAUCUAAGGAAUACAGUCAUGUAAUCACUUAAAAAAUGAAAUGCUCGAAUUAUAGAAAUUGCAGAGGGGUAUCAUUAUAAAGGUACAAUACUGAAGCAAACACCGACAAAGAUGUAAAGAGAUGUUCAGUUGGGAGUUAGGAGUCUUUAACAGAACAUUGUCAUGAUUAAAGCCCUUCGAAUCUCAAAUCUUAAUAAAAUCAUACUCUUAGUCCCUCCUGUUUGUGUAGAACGUAUUACAUCUUAAGGAUGUUAUUUAGCACCUUACAGUAGUUAUAUGUUAUUAUUUUCCUAUUAUUUUCCUAUUAUGCUUUCACAUUCAAAAUAUAAAAUCAAAGUACAUUCACUAAUGACUGAGAAGGCUAUCAUAAAACUUACACCUAUCUUUUUCUCAUGUAUUAUAAAGUUAUGUCUGAUUCAUUAAUACACUUUCCCUAAUAAUAUAUCUGUAAAACACUUAGAGACGUCGUUCCGAUGUAUUAAGCGCUAUAUAAAAGCAGAUUACUAUGAGUAUUAUUAUUUUCAACAAAACAGUGAAAAAAAUUCAGGUUUAACUAAAUGGACUUUUAAUAGUAUCAUUACUGUGAGACUCAUCUACAAUAUUAUUAUCUGUUCAUGUGCAAUCCACUCUCAAUCACCAGACAUUUGUUUUUUGUUUUUGGAGGGUUUAAAUUGCUAGAAAGUGAUAAAUUGUAUUCCUGGUAUGUAUUGUGGUAUGCAAAAUUUAUUAUUACAUUGGUGUGUUUUGACUCAAUUGUAUAUAAUUAAUACAAAAUAGAUUUUAUAUAUGUUAUGUAACAGUAUGUCCUUGUUGGGCAGGGCAAAUAUUUUGCACAAAGACUUGACCCUGAAUUUAUAUGAGCUAUCCCAGCUGAAAGCUGAAAUAUGUGUUUGAGUUUGAUGACGUUUUUUUUUUAAUGGGUAUGAUUUGUAAUUUUGUUACCCUCUAUUAUACUAUACAGUUGUGCUCAAAAGUUAGUGACCCCCCCCCCUGCCCCCUUCAUGCACUCCUUCAUGCUGCUGUGUGUUGAAUGUAGACAACAGCACUACAAUGUCCAGAAAAAAAAUUAUUGAAUGUAAUAUUUUGUCACCUACAUGUAUAACUUCACAAUUAAAUAUCUAGAACAUGGCAGAACAUGAAGACUUUUGGAUAUUUGAGUUUACUGGUUAGUUCACUAACUUUUUAGCGCCUCUGUAAGCAUUGAAGUAUGAUUUAUUUACUGAAUAUAUAUGGUUUAUAACAAACAAAACUAGGUGUGUUUUUUUAUUCUUGUAAACUUGAUUAAAUUUUUAUUUUUUCAAUUGGGUACCAAAAUGUUUCACUUAUGAUAUACAAAUCAGAUAGAAUUUGAGUAAUUUAUACACAAAGAAACCAACUUUAUUAUCUGCUGUCAUGUUUAGGUAAAUCUCUAAUUCUCUAUAUAAAGUGUUAUGUAAUCUUGGUAAUUUGAAUUGUCACAACCAUGAUCAUCAUAAUCAUCAUUAUCAUCAUCAUCAUUGUUAUAUCUAUAGGCAGUUUAUCACAAUAAAAAACCAAGGCUGGUAAUCUCAUCAAAUUUUUUUCAUCCUGGUUUAUCCUGUAGACCACUAUGAAAGUAGAGGGUUGCGUUCUGCCAUAUUGCCCUCAUCCAAGUUUUUCGUGUAGACCAAUGUAUUAAAUUUGAGGGUAAUGUUCUGCCGUAUUGCCCUCAGCCAAUUUUCUCCUGUACACCACUGAUUUGAAAUUGGAUGAGAUUUGCCAUGUGUCUUCUAUAUCUCUAUGUUUUUAUUUGAAAGUUGUAUAAAUGAGCAACUAUUUCAUUGCGUUUUACGUUUACUUGAUUCCUCAUAUUCAAUUGAAGAUAUCUAUCUCAUAAUGUGAAUUUUAUUUCAAAGGGAAAUAAAGUAGAAUUUAUUUCAAAGGGAAACAAAGUAAAUUUUUACCAUUUAACAAUGACUUUAUUGGUUAAUUUUUCCAUUUAAGUUUCUCUAUGUGCAUGCAACUACUUUACUUAAUGAGUGAUUUUGAUAUUUGUUUAAGUUUCUUGUUUAUGAUAAGAACUAGAAUUUGUUCAUUAAAAAUAUGUGCAUAUAUGUACAGAAAUUUGAAUGCGUAUAGUGUGUGUGUGUGUAUAUGACAGUGAUCAUCAAUUAUGGAUUGUUUGCGCAUCAUGAUGAUCAGUUGAUUUUCUCUAAAUUUGUUCAUGUAGAAAUAAAAAUGCACGAAAUGUGCAUCUAUAUUCAACAA